AUGGUUGAUACUGGAGCGAGCCGAUCUUUUAUUACCCAACGACUACUCGGUACACUUCAUCAUUCACAAACUCAUUCAACGAACAGCACAGCUCAAUUAGGUGAUGGACAUACAAAAAUUAAAUUAUUAGGUGAAGUACAGUUGACAAUAAAAGUUAACCACGUCUUUACGACCAUGAAUGUAUUAGUUGUUAAAACAUUGAAUGCAGAUUUUAUCCUUGGAGGAGAUUGGUGUACAAAAUAUGGAGCAGAAAUAAAUUAUGACACAAAUCAAGUAUCUAUUCGUUCAUCUGACGGCCGUACCUAUACUAACUACGAUAAACAAAUCGAUAACCUCACAUUGAACGUUCAGCUGGUCAACUCUAUUAAAAUACCUUCACGAGAAUCUUGCAUUGUGCAAGCGAAACUCGAACUAUCAUCAGCCGAUACUGUUUACAUCCACCCCGAUUUCGAUAUCCAACAAGACAAAUCAAUAUUGAUGUCAUCUGCUCUCCUGCACAUCCAUAAUUAUACAACAUUUUUGACAAUAUAUAAUUCAAGCGAUUAUACACGAACACUCUAUAUGAAUUCCCUCUUGGGUCAUGUUACACACACCCCGUCAAAUAUUGAAUC